AUGGCGGCGCACAGGCUUGCUAUCUGCUUCGGCUGGAGGCUCGCCUUCCUCAACUCGACACUCGACGCUGUUUGGGCAGGUUCUCAUUGUUUUCACCUUCCGCGUAGGAGCACCACAUUGAGAAGCUCACUUACCUCUGACUACCUAGGCGCAUCCGUCACAGACGCACCGACUUGGAAUCUCCAGCUCCAUCGUCCAACCUUCUCAGCAUUCCGUAUUCCGCUUGACUUGAAGCAACGGAACAUCACAUCACUACGAGUACAUGUACCCAACAGUAUACCCUUCAUCGGCAUCCUCCUCGACCACACCAGCGCCGUUACCGUCCUGACGGCGCUCGUCACCGCCAAAGGUUCGCUGAUAGAUACAAUGGCAGAUUGCGGAGCCGGAGCCAUCGCUGCUGCUUCGACGUUUGCACCGCCAAUCAUGAUACAUUUUCCUACCAACAGUGGAUCCAGAGGUCAGGGCCUCUUUGCGAGCUUGAGGAGGCUGCAGUCUCACUCCAGUCGGAGCAUGGAAUCGACGAAAGAGAAACAGGCCAAACCCGUGCCGCGUGUGAUGUCGUCGCAAGGUGUGCGGACGUCGAGGGCAUCGACCGAGUCCCGGGGGCCCUUUUCUUCCAAAGAGGACCUGGAUAUCGACGUUGACGAUGUAGAAGACCUGGAGCUGCCGCCGAAUAUCUUGGCGGAUGAUUGGGAUUCUUCGGCACAGCCAUCUUCUGGUUCUGAGCCGCAGCACCCUCGGCGCCGUGCCAGCAAGAAGCCGAAGAAGAGGGCGGCGAGGAAGGAGCAGAAGAAGAGAGGGUUUCGGGCUAGACUUCGACGGUUUCUUGGUCGGGAUGGGGACAAGGGCAGGGGUGGUCACGAGUCGCCAUACAGCCACAGGCAGACGACACAAACCAUGCAGAGCGAGGAGUCAGGGCUGUCUGAUCUGCAAGAUGCCAUGGCAGAGCAGGAUUCUCAACCAGCCAAGGCUGAUCUGUCUUCACCGAAGGGGACCAUUUUUGACCCCGUCAGUCUGGACUCCAGAGCUAGUUCAAUAACAGAGGCUAUCAGAGACGCCCUCGCACAACAUCGAGUCGAGGAAAAGGAGGAGCCGACCGACAAACCGAAGGAAGCUGGUCAAUCCACGGAAAAUGGAGAUACGACGAAGCAAUGA